GUGCUGACUCAUGUGCCCCCGGCAGCCAGCGGGAGCUGGGAGCAUGGGCUCCGCGGGGGUCUUGGCUGGCUGGGGGCUUCUGGAUUACAAGACUGAGAAAUAUGUGAUGACCAGGAACUGGCGGGUGGGCGUCCUGCAGAGGCUGCUGCAGCUUGGGGUCGUGGUCUACGUGGUAGGGUGGGCCCUCCUUGCCAAGAAAGGCUACCAGGAACAGGACAUGGACCCCGAGAUUUCUGUUAUCACCAAACUCAAAGGGGUUUCUGUGACCCAGAUCAAGGAGCUGGGGAAUCGACUGUGGGACGUGGCUGACUUUGUGAAGCCGGCACAGGGAGAGAAUGUGUUCUUCUUGGUGACCAACUUCCUUGCGACACCACAACAAGUUCAGGGCAGGUGCCCAGAGCACCCGUCCAUCCCACUGGCCAGCUGCUGGGCCCACGAAGACUGUCCUGAAGGGGAGACGGGGACACACAGCCAUGGUAUAAAAACGGGCCAAUGUGUGGUGUUCAACGAGACCCACAGGACCUGUGAGAUCCAGGGCUGGUGCCCGGUGGAGAGCGGCACUGUGCCCGUGCAGCCCCUGCUGGUCCAGGCUGAGAACUUCACACUGUUUGUCAAAAACACUGUCACUUUCAGCAAGUUCAGCGUCUCCAAGUCCAAUGCCUUGGAGACCUGGGACAACACCUAUUUCAAGCGCUGCCGAUAUGAUCCCCUCUCCAGCCCCUACUGCCCGGUGUUCCGCAUUGGGGACCUCGUGGCUGCAGCUGGAGGGGACUUUGAGGACCUGGCAUUGCUGGGCGGCGCUGUGAGCAUCCGUGUUCUCUGGGAUUGCGACCUGGACACCAGGGGCUCUGACUGCCGACCCCGCUACUCCUUCCAGCUGCAGGAGCGGAGCUACAACUUCAGGACAGCCACUCACUGGUGGGAAGCCUCAGGUGUGGAGGCCCGGAGCCUGCUUAAACUCUAUGGGAUUCGCUUCGACAUCCUUGUUACUGGACGGGCAGGGAAGUUUGGGCUCAUCCCCACGACCAUCACUUUGGGCACCGGAGCAGCUUGGCUGGGCAUGAUCACCUUCUUCUGUGACCUGCUGCUGUUGUAUGUGGAUGGAGAAGGCAAUUUCUACUGGAUGACCAAGUAUGAGGAGGCCAAGGCCCCGAAGGUGACUGCCAACCCUGAGCAGACAGAGCUGGCCCUGCACCCCCGAACCCAGCUGCCCAGGUGCCUUAGAGGUGGCCCAGGACCUGCCACCAUGGCUACUGCUGCUGCUGGAAGCCAGACACUGAAGCUGGGCGGCCCUGCCCAGGCGCUGGCCCCGACUUGCUCGCCCACUCUUGAGGCCUAUAACCAUUCCCUGUGGCUGGGAAGGGUGGGCCCCCCCGCUUGAGGAUCUCAAGGAUGAAGCCCCAGGAGAACCACAGUCAGGGGUGGGAGAAUUCCACCUUCAACUCCCAGGCAGACUGUCCUUCAGCCUUGGCUCCAGGCUUGGCAAAAUGCCGCCUGGGGAGCGACAGAAGCCAGCUUUGCACAGAGUCUGCAGCAGGACAGAGGCCAUAAAGAAGGGGGAGCUCUGGGCCUAUGUUUGCAGAGCUCUCUCCCAAACUCUGUCCCCAGUGCUCCUAGCAAUGGCCUGCUCACCAGCUGCCAGCACUGACUCCCCCACUGACUGUAGCCAAGCCCAGCCCUGCCUGGCUUCCAGCCCUCCUCCCCCUGCCAGCGCCCCCAUCACAGGUAGGGCCGCCCCCUCUCAGCUGUGCUCCACUGGGGGCUGUGUGGCCGGAGUCCACAGCAAGGUAUAAGGAAGCCUGACAAGAGGCGCUGCCUCAGCUACUCUGGUGCUGGGUUGUGGGGGGCAAGUCCUGCCUAGACUUGGGCCUCUUCCAUGGAAAGGGAGUGAGGUGGGCAGAUGAUCCCACCACCAGGACCCCAGGCGAGGGCACAGGCACCUCUUGGGCCCAUACCUGCUCAGCUUAUGGUCACUGAGGUCCUUGUGACCUUCUAUAUGCCUCCUGGGUGACCGCCCCAAGACCAGCCCCCUGGGACCCGCUCACUGGGCUUGCUGGGAGCCAUGGGGGUGGGGAGGACAUACAUCUGAAAUUCAGUCCCGUCCACUGCCAUGCCUAAAAACCUGCCUGGGCAGCUGCAGGCAGGAGGCCUUGACUGUGAACCCAGACGAAGCCCAGUGGCUGAAGGGGUGUCCCUCACAAAGGACACAGAGGCCCCAGCAGGCUGGCCUGGUUUUGGCUCCGGAAUCCUUCGGAGAUCUGUGUCCUGCCUGCUGGAGAAUCUCCCCUGGUCUGGGAGAUCCACACUCGGGAGGGGAGGGGCAGGGGCUGUAGGAGUCAAACCCUCUCAUGCUAGGAACUCCUCACGGGUUCCUGGUGACCAGGGGCUUGCUAGCAACUUGCCAACAGAGUGACAUGGGUCAGCUGGGGAAGGCUUGGAUGGGACUCAGGCUGGGCUAGCAUCUGGAAUCCUCUGGCACUUGGAGACUGAGCACAACCUUGGGUCCCUUCUGCUUCUCAGUCCCCAGAACAGUGUGUAUGAGGAAGCAGGUUCAGAGCAGCCAGGGCAAGAGAACAGGGCUGUGAGACUGGUUGUUGGAGCGAGAUCUCAUGUACUUGGUUGUACUCAGGGCCCAGAAAAAGCUGACGACAUGGCUGCAGGAAGUCAAG